CUAGCUAACUACUUUGUUGUAGCACAUAGCUCCUACAUAGAAUUCAGUUAUCCACUCUCUUCAUUUCCCACUUUUCUAAUUCAACAUCACUCUCACUAUCUCCAUUAAUAUAUCAUGUAUACAUACACAUAAGAUUGUAUAUUCAAGCUCUAUAAUAAUCUACAUUUGCAUAAUUAUUACUAUUUGAGAAGAAGAAGAAGAGAUGAUGAUCAGAGAUAAGAUAUUCAAAUUGCACAGGCACAAAUCAUCUUCUUCUUUCUCUGAGAAAUCUGGACAACCAUUUGAAUUCUCCUUCUAUAACCUUCAAGCUCGUCAGGUACCGAAAGGAUGGGACAAACUUUCCGUCUCUCUUAUCUCUAUGGAAACAGGGAAAACAGUCAGCAAAUCAGGGAAAGCCUCAGUACGAAAUGGUAAUUGCAAAUGGACAGAGACAUGGUCGCAGUCCAUGUGGAUUACUCCGGAUAAUAUCUCAAACAAACAAGAGCAAUGCCCUCUCAAGUUUAUUGUAACAAUGGGAUCUUCACGAUCUAGCAUUCUCGGAGAGGCUUCAAUAAAUCCUGCUCGCUACAAGGAUGCAAAGGCUUUCACUCCAGUUUCCUUACCUUUGAGAAAGUGUAACCAUGGCACAGUACUACAACUGGAGAUCAAGUGUCUGACAGCAAUCAGGGACAAUGAAUCCAAAGGCACGCCCUACUAUGCUGAAGAAGAUAACAUGGAAUACAAUAACAUGGAGAUCAAACCAGAGGAAGCAAGUCUCCCCCGGCUGAGUUCGUAUCAUAGCUUUGCCUCUACGGAGGAUUCAUUGGGCAGAGAAAGUUUUUCCUCCCAAAGUGACUCAAACAGGCCGGGUAACCUCAUAAUUGGUAGGCAAGAGUCAAUUGAUUCCAGGAGUAGUGCAUCUUGUGGUUCUUACUCUUUUUCUGAAUCACCCAAAUCGUACAACUCUCCGUAUACUUUAAUGACCUCGGGAUCAGGAAAGAAUGCUCAAAAUCGAAAAGAUGAUUUCAAACAGCUCUCAUAUGACAACACCGCAUCAGUUCCACAUGCCGCUUCCUCUAGAAACACCUUACAAGCCAAACAUAGUAAAGAACUAAUUGCAGAGGCCAUGAUGUGGGAACAAAAUGCUCAAAGCUUAAAGAUUGACUUGGAAAUGUUAAGCAAAGAGUUUGCUGACCAGGCACAGCAGAUAGAGAACCUCAAGACGAAGCUUUGUUCAUUGAACACAGAACGCGAGGGAUUGACGCAAGAAAUCAAAAACCUUGAGGUUCUUUUACAAGAAUCCUUGGAGAAGGAAAAAGCAACUGAGAGUUUAAUGCUCCAAGUCAAAGAUAUGGAUAGUGUCGAAAGGAUUUUAAAAGAGGAGCUAAGGAUUCAAAAAGAAUCAAAUGACGAUGUGUCUUUCCAGCUAAGUAAAACUCAAGAAUCAAAUAUUCAACUAGUCUCUAUUCUGCAGGAGAUGGAAGAAACUGUUGAAAAGCAGAAAUUGGAGAUUAAGAACCUAGAGGACAAGAUUCUACAGUUGCCGGAAUCACACAUAAAUCUGGAAAACACCACUCUCCAUUUGGAGAAAAUCAUCGGGGAGAAAACUCAUGAGAUUGAACUUGAACGAGGACGCGGAACUCAGGCUCUUCUAGAUUGUGAAGAAAAAUGGAAAAAUAGAUCAAGAGAACAAGAAGAGGAAAUUGUUUAUUUGAAGGCAGAGUUGUCCAGACUUUCAAGUGAAGAGACCGAAGCUGCAUCUGACUGUGAUCUGAUCAAUGAAAAUGAGACUCUCAAGGAAAAACUUCAGGAACUUGAGAGAGAUUGGAAGGAGCUGACAGAAGAAAAUCUUCAACUUCUGUACAAACUGAAAUCAAGUUCAUCUUCCGUCGACAGUCAACUACGUCAACAAUCACCUAGUAGUUCUGAAUUUGAAGAACACAAAGGUGAGCUCUUUUCGUCACCACUUCAAGAUGAUGAGGGGAAGAAGAAAAUAAUUGCUGAGACGGCUGCCUCUGAAAGUAACCAGAUGGAGUUUCACUCAAAAGUUAAGGAUAAUGCUUCAAGGCUUAAUGAUGAAAUCAACUCAUCUUGCUUCGAAAUGCAAGAACAAGAUCAGACAAUUCAGAUUGCUGCAACACCAUCAGAAUGUCAACAGGAAGAAAAUUGUCACGCAGGUUUCACUCAUAAAAAUGUACCUGCCAUGUUUCAGAGUUCUGAGUCAGGACAAAUUGAAGAUAUCUAUACCUUACUCGACACAUUAUGUCAUACCACUAAAGACGAGCAAGCUAAUGCAGUGUUGAAAAAGUUCCAGUUAUUGAGGUACAGAUUGGCUCUAUUUCUUGAUGGUAGUGAACAUAUUGAGGAUGAACCCGAAACAACAGUAAAGGAUGCAUGUGAAGUUCAAGAUAAAGAAAAGGAUGACCUUCCAAAGGAGGAUACUUCUUGUUCUUGCUGUCAAAGGCUUGAGGACUUAAAUAAGGUGCUAGAGGGCAAGGUUCAAAAAUUAAGCAGUGAUAAUUUGGCUAAGAACUCGGAGAUAUUGGAGCUGAAGACAGAAUGUUUGAAAAAGGAUGCAGAGAUUGAAGCGAUAAGUCAUCACCGGUCUGAUUUGAGAACUCAAAUCUCAGAUCUCAAGAUGAGUAAAUGUAAGAUGGAGGAGAGAAUGGAAAAAAUGCAACAAGAACUUAGUGCCGCCUCUAAAUCUUUAGACACUUCCACAAAGGAUUUGACGUUUCUUGAUCAAUGUAUUUGUGGAGGUGUCUCUAAAAUGACGUUUGAAAUGAAAUCAUUAGAGCUAGAGAGUGCUAAGUAUGAGUUAGAGCUUAAUUUGGACGAAUUAGAAAAAGAAAAUGCAGAUCUGUCUGAACGAGUGUCUGGGUUGGAAGCUCAACUAAGACAUUUGACCGAUGCAAUGGAACUCGAUCGUUUGGAACUACAGCAAUCAGGCAAUCGUAUUGUGACCCUUCAGGAUAAGAUCAGAGAAUUAGAACAUGAAAAGGAGUCACGAAAGCGCGAUAUGAAAGAAAAGUUGAUGGAGAUGCAAAAGCGAUGGUUAGAUGCUCAAGAAGAGUGUGAGUAUCUGAAGAAAGUAAAUCCAAAGCUCCAAGCGACAACAGAAAGUCUUAUGGAAGAGUGUCGUUUGCUUCAAAACUUGAAUGCAGAACUAAGGCAACAAAAGUUAAAAUUAUAUACAAGCCAUAACAUUUUGGAAGCAGAAUUGAGGAAAUCUCAAUAUUCUUUCUCCACCUGUUUGAAAAGGAUAGAGUCGUUAGAAGCCAACUUUUCUUCAGUUCUGGAAGACAUUGAAUCAAAAGAGAAGAUCCUUAAGUUCAAACUUGACGAUCUCCAUCUACAGACUAAAGAUCACAGAGAGAAACUUCUUGUAGAAGAGUGCACGCUCCAUGAAAUGUCUCCGGAGAACACAGUCAAAGUCGAAAAGCUGCAAGAACAGGCACAAUCCCUCAUGGUACAGAUGUCAGAUCUUAUGACUGAACUUGGUACUUCCAAAGCCAAGGAGGGAACUUUGGAAGCUAAUUGUGACAAGCUACUGAGAACAAUGGAACAUCUUGUAUCCAAUGAAGCAAAGCUUAAGUGCACGAUUAAUGAGCUCGAGCCAAAACUACUGUCUUCUGAACGUCAAAUGCUGCAAAUGACUGAAGAAAAUUCAAUUCUAACAAUUCAGCUGCACACAUUACCAUUACUUCAGGAGGAGGUUUUGGAUCUUAAAAGAGCACUAUCUACGAUGAAGUUUGAAAGCGAGAGAUUACAAGUUACACUGCAGUUGAAAUAUGAAGAUUGUGAAGAGUUGAAGGAAGAAAAGGCGUCACUACUUAAGGAAAUAUCUUGCAUGCACAACGUAGUGGCUGAAGCCGAAGAAUGCAAAUACAAGAAAAUUGCACUAGAGGAGAAAGUUCUGAGGCUGGAAGGAGACUUAACUGCAAAGGAAGUAAUGUGUGAAAAGGUUUCCGAGCUGAAAAAUGAGCUUUGCCAGCUUAGAAGAGCAAAUAGCCAGUUUCUGUGGAAAAUAAAAUCCCUUCAAUGCGAGAAAGAGAACUGCUUGAAGCAAGUCAAAUCCCUCGAGGAACAAUUGUCAAAAACACGAUCAGACAACGAAAGAGAGGACGAUGAUAUCACUCCUACUCUAGAGGAGCUGAAGCUUUCAGAGGUCGAGAAAGGGAACUUCGGCGAGCAUCAGCAUGAGAUAAUUACUCAAUCUCCUCAAUCAGAGAAACACUUGAAACUUGAGAAAAUUCAAGGCAACUCUCAACAGGAUGGCAACAAAGAAAGCAACUACAGCCGAGAUCUUCAAGAGACUCUUGCCAAAAGUGUAGCAGUAAUCCAAUUUCCGGGCGACACAGUAGCUCAGACUUUAGAGAACAAUUGUAUUCAUGAAUCCCAUUUAAUUAGUUUGUCAUCCAAAGAAAGAGACGACAAUAUACACAAGAUAUCUCAGCUUGAAUCCGAGCUACAAGAAAUUCGUGACAGGUACCUGAACAUGAGUCUGAAAUAUGCACAAGUGGAGGAUCAGCGCGAGCAACUCAUUAUGACUCUGAAAGCCAUACAUGAGCACAAGACAACUUCCUCUUUCUGGUCAGCUGGUGACUGAUUUUCCCCAUUGAUACAAACAACAACAACCCACAUUCUCAGGUCUGGGGCAUUCAUAGAAAUAAAUUUCUAUAAUCUACAAUUUUGUAGAAUCUCAUACAUAGUUUGGUUAAUCUCUUUAGCACAAGAGUAUACAAAAUGUUCAUUUCUAUUGUUGUACGUGAUUGAUCUUAGGUAAUUAAUUAUUCAGAUGCAUCUACCAAAUUAUGAAAUUAAGCAACAAAUUUUAGACUAGAUUUUUUCUUCUUCUUUAUUCUUAUAAGUAAAUAUUUUUCUUUAUUCUCAAUUCUUAUGUUAUCAACUUGGCUACAACUAUAGUCUACUUCCCCAGAACAAUUAAUACUGAAUAUUUAUAAUUCUGAUCUUCUUGUAA